UGGGGUUUUUUCCUGAGUUGGGAAAGGGGAGCGGAAGGGAUGCAGGUGCAAGCAACAGGAAAGAAAAGUCGUGCCGCGGGAUCCCGGGAAGGGAAAAGCCUCUUUCCAUAGCCAAAUGAAUAAAGGCCUUUUUUUAAAGUCAGAAGUGAUUCAAGAGAAGAGUAAGGAGUUGGAAGAGCAGGACUGAGAAGGACCUCGAACUGGCAAGAGAGCAAUGAAAGACCCCCUUCUCCUCCAAGCUGGGCAUAGUGUUGAAUUCUGGGAAAGAGCUAUCCCAGAGAUCCUAACUAAGGAUACCAUGACCUCAGACAUACAUUGCCGACAUUUCUGGCAGUUCCGCUACCAUGAAGCAGAUGGGCCCCGAGAGGUUUGCAGCCAGCUCCAUGGACUUUGCAUCCACUGGUUGAAGCCGGAGAGGCACACCAAGAAGCAGAUAUUGGACCUGGUGAUCUUGGAGCAGUUCCUGGCCAUCCUGCCCCAGGAGAUGCAGUUCUGGGUCAGAGGAUGUGGACCAGAGACCAGUUCCCAGGCGGUGGCCCUGGCCGAAGGUUUCCUCCUGGGUCAGGCAGAGGAGAAGAUGCAGGCAGAACAGAUGUGGGGACCAUCUAUGAAGGUCGAAGCUACAUUUCCUGAGGUGGAAGGAGCUUCUUUGGAGCAAGGACAAAGUGCACAAGCCCAGGAGCAUCCCCAAGAUGCCCUCUCCUGUGGCAGUGAAGAGACGCUGUUGAACUGUCAUCUUUUCAGAGGUGUGGACAUGACUGCUUUACCUACAUUCCAGUGUCCCUUUUCUUUUGAGGAGGUGUCUGUCGGUUUCACCACAGCAGAAUGGGCCCUGCUGGAUCCAGGCCAGAGAACUCUCUACAGGGAAGUCAUGCUGGAGAACUAUGGGAAUAUAAUCUCUCUGGCAGAGGAUGAUCAGAGCAACAAGGAGGGUGAGGAACAUGAUCAGCAGUUGCCAGAUGGAGUUAGAAAUGAAGACUUGAAAGAAAACAACAGGAAUCAACACAGACCUAAGAGAAAGAAAGGCGGCCAUAAGGUUGAGAAGCGAAAUGGAACAAAGUGUAAUGUACAUUUUUUAAAGCAGAAGAAAAUGAAGGCACGUACAUGCAUUCAGUGUGGAAAGUACUUCAGAAACAGAUCACAGCUUCUUGUGCACCAAAGAAUACACACAGGGGAGAAACCUUUUGCAUGUUCAGACUGUGGAAAGAGAUUCGGUUGGCACGGCCAUCUUCAAGGGCACCAAAGAACCCACACAGGGGAGAAACCUUUUGAAUGUUCAGAGUGUGGAAGGAGAUUCAGUGAGAAUGGCAGUCUUCAAAGACAUCAGAGAACCCAUACUGGGGAGAAACCUUUUGAAUGCUCUGUGUGUGGAAAGAGAUUCAGUCAGAGUUUCCAUCUUCAGAUGCAUCAGAGAAGCCACACAGGGGAGAAACCUUUUGACUGCUCAGAGUGUGGAAAGAGAUUCAGUCGGCACGACCAUCUUCAGGUGCACCAAAGAACCCAUGCAGGAGAGAAACCUUUUGAAUGCUCUGAAUGUGGAAAGAGAUUCAUUCGGCAUGACCAUCUUCAAGUGCACCUACAAACCCAUGCAGGGGAGAAAGCAUUUGAAUGUUCAGACUGUGGAAAGAGAUUCUGGUUGAGUGGUGAUCUUCAAAAGCAUUGGACAACCCACACAGGGGAAAAAUCUUUUGAAUGUUCAGAGUGUGGAAAGAGAUUCUGGUUGAGUGGUGAUCUUCAAAAGCAUUGGACAACCCACACAGAGGAGAAACCAUUUGAAUGUUCAGAGUGCGGAAAGAGAUUCAGGUUGAGUGGUGAUCUUCAAAGGCAUCAGAGAACACACACAGGGGAGAAACCUUUUGAAUGCUCAGAGUGCGGAAAAAGAUUCAGGUUAAGUGGUGAUCUUCAAAAACAUCAGAGAAUCCACACAGGGGAGAAACCUUUUGAAUGCUCUGAGUGUGGAAAGAGAUUCAAAUUGAGUAACAGUCUUCAAAGGCAUCAGAGAAUCCACACAGGGGAGAAACCGUUUGAAUGCUUUGAAUGUGGAAAGAGAUUCAGUCAGAGUUUUCAUCUUCAGUUGCAUCAGAGGAGCCACACAGGGGAGAAACCUUUCAACUGCUCAGAGUGUGGAAAGAGAUUCAGUAGAUACGGCCAUCUUCAAGUGCACCAAAGUAUCCACAAAGAGGAGAAAGCAUUUGAAUGCUCAGAGUGUGGAAAGAGAUUCUGGUUGAGUGGCAACCUUCAAAGGCAUUGGAGAAUCCACACAGGGGAGAAACCUUUUGAAUGUUCAGAGUGUGGAAAGAGGUUCUGGUUGAGUGGCGAUCUUCAAAGGCAUCGGAAAACCCACACAGGGGAGAAACCUUUGGAAUGCUCAGAAUGUGGAAAGCGAUUCAGUCGGGGUGGUGAUCUUCGAAGACAUCAGAGAACCCACACAGGGGAGAAACCCUUUGAAUGCUCAGAGUGUGGAAAGAGAUUCAAUCGGAGUGGCAAUCUUCAAAGUCAUCAGAGAACCCACACAGGGGAGAAACCUUUUGAAUGCUCAGAGUGUGGAAAGAGAUUCAGUCAGAGUGGCCAUCUUCAAAGGCAUCAGAGAAGCCACACAAGGGGAAAACCUUUUUGAAUGUUCAGAGUGUGAAAGAGGUUAGUUGGAGUAGCCAUCUUCAGCUGUAUUAAUUAACCCAUGCAGUGGAGAAACUUUUUGAAUGUUCAGAGUUUCAGUAGGAGUGGCCAUCUUCAAGAGCAUCUAAAAACCCACACAAGGAGGAACCAUGUACCUUCUUAGCCCAUUAAAGCAGCUUUUCUCGUAUUCCACAUCCAAAAAUAAUCACACACCAUAGAAAGCACUGAUACUAUAUAAACACUUGUAGAAAGCUUGAAUCAAAACAAAUCUUUCUCUAAGCAGGAAGAAAUAUUAAAAAUACUUAAACUGUGGAAGGAGCUUUUGUUUUAUUUUUAUCUUUCCCCCCUUAAAGCUAAUAGUGUUAAAUGGACACUACACAUUUUCCCCUUCAGGCAGUUGACAACCUUAGAUUAAGUGUUUCUUCCUGAAUCAGGGAAAACCAAACUCAGCUAAAGAAAGGUCAUUAAUGAGGUUAUUGUUUGUAUCAGGUUUGUAUCAGACUUUGUGUUCUCAGUGGUUUGUGGAGAUUUUAAAUAAGUUGGGCUUCAUUAAAUGCGUCAAAGGAU